GUGCCAGGCUGCACGGUACGUGCAGUGGAAGUGCAGCGUCGCCAGUGUUCCCUUGUGUUGUCGUUUAAUCUUAACCUGCCCAUGUGUGUUACCUCGUGUCUGAAACUCUUUCGCACGGGAGGAGUGAGUGUGACGCAGCUUUAGUGUGGUUUGCGGUAAGAGGAAACUCAGCCGGAAUAUGUGCUGUGCAGGGCCCCUCGCUUUGGACUUGUGAGCAAGCUGCUAGCUACUUUUAGCUGUUUAAGCUCAGCUGGGAUUAAGCGUAACGCAAGAUUUUAACCUGCCCAAAUACGGUUAGUAUAAUAACUAGUUAAAUAGCGAGCUAACUGGUGGCCUUGCUGUGCUGUUGUUUGCCAGAGGAAACACUCCAUUUGGAAAGCAAUCCCACUAGCAAACGGUUCACCUUACUGGUGAAUUAGGAAAGAGCUUGGUGCACCUGGUGACCUUCCUUGACACCUGGGUGUGUGUCUGUUUACUUCACUCCCAGACUUCUGUGAACGGACAAUACUUCCAUCUGACAUAUGACCCAACAUGUCAGCUCCGUAACAGCAGUACCGAGCAGGGCUCCCGUUCAGCACUUUUAAUUGGACAUGUAAUUGAGUUUAUGGUUGUGUGUUCACUCAUAAGAAUGACUCGCCGCCCAGUGGGGAACUUGGUGUGUCUUGGGAAUCGAGCCUUCAGCCUGCUGUAUGGAAACUCCCUUCGCCCCCUCCACACUUCAAUAUGCAACACCUCAUCUCAGCCAAAAAGUGGAUUCAAUCCGGGAAAAGUAGCAGUGGUUACAAAGACUACGCGAUAUGAGUUUGAACAGCAGCGGUAUCGCUAUGCAGGGCUUUCUGAAGAGGACUUGAAACACCUGCUUGCUAUGAAGGGGUCGAGCUACAGCGGCCUGCUGGAAAGACACAACAUCCACACUAACAAUGUGGAACAUAUUGUGAGGAGUCUGCGGAAAGAAGGCAUUGAGGUACGAGUCGUGAAGCGAGGAGAAUAUGAUGAAGAGGUAGUGCGGUGGGCAGAUGCCAUCAUCUCUGCUGGAGGUGAUGGGACAAUGCUACUUGUUGCCAGUAAGGUUUUAAGCAAGGACAAACCAGUUGUUGGAGUAAACACAGACCCUGAGAGGUCAGAAGGUCAUCUGUGCCUGCCUGUGCGGUACACUCGUGCCUUCCCAGAGGCACUGGAGAAACUCUGCCGUGGUGAGUUCAGGUGGCUGUGGCGUCAGAGGAUCCGUCUGCACUUAGAGGGCACAGGAAUCAAUCCCACCCCCGUGGACCUGCACGAGCAGCAGCUUAGCCUGGAGCAGCACAGCCAAGCUCACCGCAUCACCACCAUGGACAGCCGGCGGAGUACGACUCCAACACCUGUCAUGUGGACAGGAAGACUACAUGAGAGCUUCUCCAAGCCUAGUCUCCUCCCGAUCAGAAGCCUGAAUGAAAUCUUCAUCGGAGAAUCUUUGUCCUCCAGGGUGAAGUUAAAAUCCUUCAAACCCCAUGUUAACCUCUUGCUCCAUAGGGCUUCCUACUAUGAGAUCUCUGUGGACGACGGCCCAUGGGAAAAGCAGAAGAGCUCAGGACUCAGCAUUUGCACAGGAACAGGAUCCAAAGCAUGGUCCUAUAACAUCAACAAACUUGUUGAACAAGCUGUGGAGGACAUUCUAAAAAUCGGAAAGUCCCAAACGGGUCUUGAUAUCCCACUUAAUCCUGACUUUAUUGAAAAGGUUACUGAUGAGUACAACGAGUCUCUGGUGUUCAGUCCAGACGACAGGCGUUUGUUCUACAGCAUCAGGGAGCCCAUCGUCAACAGAGUCUUCUCCAGCAGUCGGCAGAGAGGCUUCGCCAGCAAGGUGUGUGUCCGCUCACGGUGUUGGGAUGCCUGCAUGGUGGUCGACGGUGGGACUUCAUUUGAGUUCAAUGACGGUGCCAUCGCUACAAUCAGCAUGAGUGAGGAGGACGAGCUCCGCACAGUCCUUCUUGAAAACUGAGAUGAGUCCAGAGCACAGGACAUUUGACUGGUUUCCCUCCAACCAACAGUGUUAAAAGGGAAGUACCAGUUUUUAGCUUUUAGCCUGUGUUGAAUAUUUUUAUACCUGGGAAGGGGGGAAAUAUUAUUGUUACUUUUAAAUGUGUGCAUUGUGCCUUUUUUAAAAUUAGUUUCAUUUUCUUUUUGCUUUUUAAUCUCCAUCCCACUGGUUAUAACAAGUUAUAAUCCACCAGGUUAAAAAGGCUACUAUCCAUUUUGUAGAUAUUAUGUCAAGCAACAUGUUAAGUAUGUUACUAUUGACUGUCUUCUAAGCAGCCCUCAUUCUCUCAACAUCCAAAUCAAUAUAAAGCAUAUGACAAUAUCAAUCUUACAAUUUAAUGGCACCUUGAACAAAGUACAGAUCUACAUAGACACCAUUACAACACAUUUUCAAUACAUGCCUCCACCCUUGCCUGGGGGUCUGUAUUAAGACUUCCCUACCCUGUCUGUGGCAUUCAGCCCCAAACCCAUUGGUUCAUACGGAAGACGUACAUCUUUGAAAACCGCUCACAAAUAUACCAUUUUAUUUUAUUUUUCAAAGGCUCAGUGGUUUCCUAAAACAGCUACUUAUGGUAGUUUUUAACAGGCAUUACUCAAACAGGAGAAAACAGUGCAUUUGUUAGGGACUGUUUUCAGCGCUGGGUGAAUCCACAUGUGGUGCUGUAGUGAGUGUUUGGGGCAGCAGGACGGUGUGUGUGUGGGACGGAGUCAGAAAAAUCAUGGUGAUGAAGGAGCAUGUCACACUGUGCAGCAGGGAGGCUCGCUGAUGUGUGUUAAAAGUUAGUGGACAACAAUUCCGGAGACAUCCGGCUAUGAGACACACAGGACUUGUUAGUAGAUACAUUCAGUGUUGUUUUGAGUCUGCACAUGGGAUUUGUUGACAAUAGUAAAAAUAUCACCAGGCUUAUAUUUUCAAUUGUGAAAUUUGCGCUGAAAGUAUAUAGAGGUGUCUGUAUAGUGAACUGACAGCACAGCAGCUGUUUUUUUUUUUUUUUUUUUUUUUUUUUUUUUUUUUUUUACAGCUUGUUUUGUUCACUAAAGAUAUUUUUGGAACAUAGCUUAUAUUUUUUUGUAGCUGAUUGGGUGCUAAAAAUGAAGUUUGAGAGAAAAGAAUUAAGGGCACUAAAAACUCCAUGCCUAAAGAGGCAUUUUGUUCCAUGUUUUAAGUGUCAAGUGUCUUGUACCUCUCACAAGACAGGAACAAUUGGCUUUAAAUGUGCUACUGAAAGAGCAGCAUGUACCAGAGGUGGACAUGUCUAAUAUUUUCACAACAAAAAACAGUUCAAACUGUGUCUGUGAUAUGAAGUGAUACAAAUUAUUUUAAACCGGUAAGGCCACUUGGCAUUUAAGUCUUUAACAGUGCUGUUUGGUGAUGCUGAAAUGAUAGAGAACAUGUUUGACCAAGAUGGUGUAGUUGUAAUGAUUUUAAUUAUAAUAAGAAUCUAGUAGGUCUCUUAUAUGAGCUUGUAAUUCCACUUGAUCAGUAAAACAGUAUUGGUGCACCUUGUAACACCUCCCUGCCCUGGACUCUGAACCAGGUGUUCUUUUUUGAGGAGUGGUCUACAAAACGACCAGGAAAUUGUAAUAUGCAGCCUGCCAAAGGCAUAGUGUCACUAUGUAAGGAUGUUUUGUGUUUCAAUCAGAUAAAGUGAUAUUACAAGGAAA